AUGGCUUCCCGUCUCGACCGCCUUGUCACGUUACUCGAGACUGGCAGCACCCAGCUGAUCAGGAACACAGCUGCCCAGCAGCUGGCCGAUGUGCAAAAACAGCACCCAGAUGAGCUCUUUAAUUUGCUCGGGCGUAUCCUGCCCUACCUUAGAUCUAAAUCCUGGGAUACGAGGACAGCUGCUGCCCGGGCCAUUGGGCUGAUUGUCGUCAAUGCAGACCUCUAUGACCCUAAUGAGGAUGACGGUCUACAAAUCAAAUCAGCUGCAGAUGACGAUGAUGUUGAGAUCAAGUCUGAGAUCAAAUCUGAAGAUCAACCCUCUCCGGAGGACACGUUUCUCCAGCUUGGUACCCUGGACAUCGCCUCCGUCCUCAAGUAUGGCAAGCGCUUGCUCGGCAGUGCAGGCAAGGAAUAUGAAUAUUCCCUGGCGUCGAUGGACCCCACAGCACGGCUGCAGCACCAGAAGAAAACUCUCACCGCGCGCCUUGGUCUGGAGGGCGAGUAUGUCGAAGAAGAGCUGAUUGAAGAUGCCGAUCUGACCCUGAAGGCAUCGACACCCGCUCCCAAGCGGGAACCUACUGUGGCUCCCAUCUCGCGCGAAAACAGCUCGCAAGAUGUCCCCUCGCGACGACCAUCGUCUCCAAGUGAAAAUGCAGUCAAGGAAGACACCGCGUUGAGCAAGCGACAGCUAAAUCAACUCAAGCGCAAGAACAAGCAAAAUGCCAAGAUGGGCGCCAACAAAGUCCGCGUCGUGGAUCUCUCGUCUCGACGGACGUCAGACAACGUCACCACUCCCGCCGCGGCCACUCCGCAUCCCAUCAAAACCGAGAAUGGCGACGAGCAGAAUGGCGAGACUAAACCUGACUAUUUCUCUCUGGAUCGGUCGGGCGAUGAUGACGACUCCAAACUUGUUUCCGAAUUCAAAGGCCCUAUCGCUCCGGAGAAACCUGUCAUUCAGCCGGACAUGGUGGACGAAGGUUCGAGAUGGCCGCUGGAGCACAUGUGUGAAUUCCUGACGAUGGACAUCUUCGACUCAAACUGGGAGGUCCGUCAUGGGGCUGCAAUGGCCCUGCGAGAGGUGAUCAGGGUCCAGGGCGCCGCAGCCGGCCGGAUGGAGGGCAAAGAUCGGGCUGGAAACGAUGGGCUAAACCGCCGAUGGCUGGAUGACCUCGCAUGUCGUUUGCUGUGUGUUCUCAUGCUGGAUCGAUUCGGUGACUACAUCUCGGACAACGUUGUUGCUCCUAUUCGAGAAACCGUGGGCCAGACCCUCGGUGCCCUUCUCUCUCACCUUCCCCGAAGAUCUGUGCGUGCGGUCUAUCGGUGCAUGUACCGCAUCGUUAUGCAAACCGAUCUGGGCCUAGAUCGUCCAGUAUGGGAAGUCUGCCAUGGUGGCAUGAUUGGUCUGCGAUACUUGGUGGCAGUGCGCAGGGAUCUACUGAUCAAGGACACGGCCAUGAUGGAUGGCGUUCUUGAGGCUGUUAUGAAAGGUCUGGCGGAUUUCGACGAUGACGUGCGGGCUGUCAGUGCUGCUACACUUGUCCCCAUCGCCGAGGAAUUUGUGACCUCACGGUCUGGUACUCUCGGUCCUCUGAUGAACAUCGUUUGGGAUUGUCUAUCCAACCUGCAAGACGAUCUGAGUGCCAGUACAGGAUCUGUCAUGGAUCUCUUGGCCAAGCUAUGCACAUUUCCUCAGGUCUUGGAAGCCAUGAAGGCUAACGCUGCGGAUAACCCGGAGGCCUCGUUUGGAAAACUGGUCCCUCGUCUUUACCCAUUUCUACGACACACCAUUACAAGUGUUCGCUCGGCCGUGCUUCGGGCUCUCAUGACGUUCUUGCAGCUGGAGGGAGAAGGCUCUACGGACUGGGUUGAUGGGAAAGCCCUGCGUUUGGUCUUCCAAAAUUUGCUUGUGGAACGCAACGAAGGUGUUCUAAAGCUGUCUCGUCAGGUUUGGUCUGAACUUCUCAAAGCCGUCGAACAGCGCGGAUCGUUCGGGUCAGAAGCCGAGUUGUCAGAAUCCGUUCAGCCUCUCGUGACCCUAACCCUUGGCGCCUUUGGUGUUCCUCGAUACCCGAUUCCCAUGAACGCAUCGCUCUUUAUUAAGCCCUCUGGGCUACCCUUCUCCACGGCCGCUCCAGUCCCUGCGAAGGCCUCUCCUCCUGCCGCCACACCUGGUGGUACUGAAACUCCCAAGGUAGGCCGCAGGCGAAAACCGGAGAAAAAGGAAGCGCCCCCCGUUUCAUCCACCCACAACGUCGACGGGCAUAUGUUGUCUGGAGAUAUUGAUCUCGUCGGCAUAGACACGAUGCUGAGAUCGAAGAUCUAUGCCUCAAAGGCACUUGGCGAGCUACUUUGUUUUUGGGACAAGCAUGAACUGCCGAGUUUCUGGCCGACAAUUCUGGAUGCACUCAACUUUUCUGCCUCCACCUCGCAGCUCUCCUCGGCAAUGGUUAUCGAAGAAUAUGCUCGUCAUUUCGGGACUGGGAGCAAGUACACUUCAUCCCUAUGUGAGCGUCUCCGGCCCAUUAUCGAAGGCGAGCGUCCCUCCUGGUACUCCGACAUUGCAAGCUACCUCCAUGUGGCGCGUGCGCAGUGCCACUCAUUGCUGAAUACCUUCCGGGACCAUGCGCAUGUUCCACCCUCGCGGUUGCCGACGUUGGCUGUCGUCGUUCAGGGUGACUCCGAGGCCGGUCCCAACGCAUUUUCCUUGGCUGAUGCUGAAAAGAUUGUUGGUCCCGACUUUGACCGGUUGAAGAAGAACCUGACUCCCGCACAACGGAUCACGGCGACUCAAGUUCUCACAGACACGCGCGUUACGGCACAGUCUGCCGUCAAUGAGGCCAAGGCUAUUCGAGAACAACGGGACAUGCGUGUCCUGGCUGCAGCUGCCGGUGCGCUGAUCGCCUUGCAGGAUAUCCCCAAGCGUCCUGGCCACAUAAUCAAGGGCGUGAUGGACAGCGUCAAGAAGGAGGAGAACGUUGAACUCCAGCAACGCUCCGCUACGGCAGUUGCCGGUCUGGUUGAAUAUUACACGGCUGCAACAAAGCGAGGACCGGUCGACAAGAUCAUUGGAAAUCUGGUCAAGUAUUGCUGCGUGGAUACCUCCGAGACGCCCGAAUUCCCUCACAACGCGAACCUCGAGAAGUCGAUACUGUCUUUGCGCAAGGAGGAAGACCGACGAGAUCACCCCGAUGCAGCCAAGUUCGAGAGAGAGGCCAAAGAGGCCAGGGUUAUGCGGCGGGGUGCCAAGGACGCUCUGGAGCAACUGACUGUCAAAUUUGGUCCUCAGCUGUUAGAGAAGGUCCCCAAUCUUGCGUCUCUGGUUGAACGACCACUCCGACAUGCUUUGACGGGCGAUCUUCCCGAAGACAUCACCAACCCCGAGAACGAGCUUGGCCAGGAGAUUGUGGAUGGCCUCUCCACCCUGCGGGCUCUUCUCCCCAAGUUCGACCCGGGUCUCCACCCGUGGGUGGUUGAUCUUAUGCCCAUCGUGGCCAAUGCGUUGCAGUGUCGCCUUUCUGUCAUUCGCUACGCCGCGGCGAAAUGCUUUGCUACAAUCUGCAGCGUUAUCACAGUGGAAGGGAUGACCAUGCUGGUAGAGAAGGUGCUGCCGACCAUCAACAAUGCCCUGGAUGUUCAUCACCGCCAAGGAGCCAUCGAGUGUAUCUAUCACCUGAUCCAUGUGAUGGAAGAUGGAAUCUUGCCCUAUGUGAUCUUCCUUGUCGUACCCGUGCUCGGGCGCAUGAGUGAUUCGGACAACGAUGUGCGGCUUUUGGCGACUACUUCGUUCGCGACCCUUGUCAAACUGGUGCCCCUCGAAGCUGGCAUUCCCGACCCCCCUGGCUUCUCCGAAGAAUUGCUCAAAGGACGUGAUCGGGAGAGGAAGUUCAUGUCUCAGAUGCUAGAUGUGCGUAAGGUGGAGCCAUUCCAAAUUCCGGUCGCAAUCAAGGCCGAGCUCCGACCAUACCAGCAAGAUGGUGUCAAUUGGCUCGCUUUCCUCAAUCGCUACAAUCUCCAUGGUAUUCUCUGCGAUGACAUGGGUCUCGGCAAAACUCUUCAGACCAUUUGCAUUGUUGCGAGUGACCACCAUAUGCGGGCCGAGGAGUUCGCGAAGAGCCAGUCGGUGGAUUCUCGGAAGCUUCCUUCUCUGAUCAUCUGCCCGCCCUCUCUUUCUGGGCAUUGGCAGCAGGAAGUUCUCCAGUACGCUCCAUUCCUGAAGUGUAUCGCGUACGUCGGACCACCGGCGGAGCGCUCAAGACUUCAGGGCAUGUUGACCUCGUCGGACGUGGUUGUGACUUCAUACGAUGUUUGCCGCAAUGACAACGAUGUGCUCAACCCCAUCAGCUGGAACUACUGUGUGCUCGACGAGGGUCACCUUAUCAAGAACCCCAAGGCCAAGAUCACCACUUCGGUGAAGCGCUUGGCGAGCAACCACCGCUUGAUCCUUUCCGGUACUCCAAUCCAGAACAAUGUGCUUGAGCUGUGGUCCCUCUUCGAUUUCUUGAUGCCUGGGUUCCUCGGCACAGAAAGGGUGUUCCUGGACCGGUUUGCCAAGCCGAUUGCAGCCAGCCGGUUCAGCAAAUCGUCCUCGAAAGAACAGGAGGCAGGUGCUUUGGCGAUUGAGGCAUUGCACAAACAAGUGCUGCCGUUCCUGCUCCGUCGUUUGAAGGAGGAGGUUUUGAAUGACCUGCCACCCAAGAUCAUCCAGAACUACUACUGCGACCCCAGUGAACUGCAGAAGAGGCUCUUCGAAGACUUCACCAAGAAGGAGCAGAAAGAGCUGGCAGAGAAGGUGGGCAGUGCAGAGCGCUCCGACAAGGAGCAUAUCUUCCAAGCUCUGCAGUACAUGCGUCGCCUGUGUAACUCGCCCGCCCUGGUAAUGAAGGAGGGCCACAAGCAGUACAAUGACGUCCAGAAUUACCUUUCCGCCAAACGCUCUACGAUUCGAGAUGUGUCGCAUGCGCCCAAGCUUAAUGCUCUCAAGGAUCUGUUGGUUGAUUGCGGCAUUGGCCUCGACCACACGGCUGAGGGCGAGCUGGACACGGGCGCAAACUACGUCAGCCCGCACCGUGCGCUUGUCUUCUGUCAGAUGAAGGAGAUGCUGGACAUUGUUCAGAACGAUGUGUUCAAGAAGCUGCUCCCCUCGGUCCAAUACCUCCGAUUGGACGGUGGUGUGGAGGCUACUAAGCGCCAGGACAUCGUCAACCGCUUCAACACCGAUCCCAGUUACGAUGUUCUGCUUUUGACAACUAGUGUCGGUGGACUGGGUCUCAACCUGACGGGAGCCGACACUGUCAUCUUCGUGGAGCACGACUGGAACCCCCAGAAGGACAUACAGGCCAUGGACCGUGCUCACCGUAUUGGUCAGAAGAAGGUUGUGAAUGUCUAUCGCCUGAUCACGAGAGGUACACUGGAGGAGAAGAUCUUGAAUUUGCAACGAUUCAAGAUUGAUGUUGCCUCCACAGUGGUCAAUCAACAAAACGCUGGCCUCGGCACGAUGGACACAGAUCAGCUCCUGGAUCUCUUUAAUCUGGGUGAGACCGCAGACACCGCCGAGAAACCUGGUGACCAGACCGGGAACGAGGUUGACAUGGUCGAUAUCGACGGCGAGGUCAAGGAGAAGGGCAAGAAGGGCUGGCUGGAUGACCUGGGCGAGCUUUGGGAUGACCGCCAGUACCAGGAGGAAUACAACCUGGAUUCAUUCCUGGCCUCGAUGAAGAAUUGA